AUGGCUGUAGAUCAGCAGCCUCCGGCCGAGAGCCAGAAGUGGAUGGACGUCUAUGGCGCAAAGACCGGCCAUUUCGUUGAAGAUGGCCAACAUCUGAGCCAACCUGCGGGAAGCUCCGUAAAUCAUGGUGGCCAAAAUGAGGUCAAAAUUGAGGCUGACAGCAGCAGCAAAGCACAGGGUUACACUGUCCAGAAUGAAAGAGGUGCAGCCGAAGCACAAAGCAACACUAAGCCCAAGCCAAAGAUUGGACUUGCUAGCAGCAGAUGGGCCUCCAAGAAAGCAGAGCCUGGGCAGCAGAAGAGCGAGAAGCAGAAGCAGAAGAUGCCUGUUGUCAAGAAACUGGAACCUCUGGCCGAGUCGUCAGUUAGUAUGACUAUGGUAGUCACGAAGCGAGAGUUGUCUCCCCCGGCUUCAUCCGAGAUUAGCAGCACGCUUCCAAUUUGGUUCAAGAUGCCGGAUCCAGCCACGUCUAAGGCUCCAGUCAUGCCUCAAGGUCCGAUUGAAGCUCCUGAUCCUGAUCCUGCUUCGUCUACGCCUCAACUAUUGAUAGAUGUUUCUACGCCAGUUGCAGCUCAGACUCCAGUAAAGGCUCAGAAUCUAGUAACCGCCCCGGCUGCAAUCACAGCCCCGCAACCAACUCCGGAUAUACCACACCAUGAUCCUAGCGGCAAAGACCCCGUCUUCCAGUGGCUGGAUUCGGAGUGGGACGCACGAAUGGCCAAACAACGCCGACGUGAGAUUGGUAUCAAAACGAACUUCCGCCAAGUCAUGGAGCGCGAUCUGCCACAAAUUGCGGAGAUCUACAACCACGAAGCUAAGACGAGCUACAAUGUCCCGGACCAGAAGCCGCUGGACAUUGAGGCGUUCCACCGCCUCCUGGAUUCAUGCCGAGCGCAUAAGCUACCCUUCAUCAUCGCCAAGAAGGAGCACAGUGACAAGGUGUACGGCUUCGCUCUGAUGCAAGUCGCGGAUCGCGGACUCAUGGGCUCGCACUCCACUCGCGCGGCGCUUUGCGGCAAGCUACUAGUUCUUGUCCAUAACCGCUACCGCCACCGUAACCUCGGCUCAGCACUCCUGGAUGCGAUGUUGACUUUCUGCUCCGUCAACUACACCAAACAAGUCGGUUGGUCCUUCUACAACAUCGGCAACAACCCGAUUUACAAGUUCGCCAAAGACAGCGCCCGCGCUUGGUUCUACGCCGACCUCGAGGUCGUGCUACCGAGCACGCCCCUCGGACCAGGAACACGCGUUGAAGACACCGAGGAGUACCAGAGCCUCAUCAAACACCUUGAGCCUUUCAACAUGCAACUCGUGCAUCACGAGGUUUCGCUUUAUCGAGAUGACCGAUUCGGCCGUGGUAAUUGGCUUGACAAGCUUACUUUCCGCCACCAAUGCCGCGAUGUUGAGUAUUCGAACAACCCGUGCAAGAUCGUCAGCAAGAAGCCUUCUUCUAAGCCGUGGUGAUGUGUCCAAAGAAGAACUAACAUACCACACUCUGUAUUUGAGGUCUAUCGGUCGUUUCGGCCAACCCACUUUCAUUCCCCGUUCCGCCUCAAGCUCUUCGCGAAUAUUCGCGGAAACACAAAAUCAUGGAACACAUAAGUUUUCACAUCAAAACCACCGCGAGGCUCAAUUGAACAUUCUCUUUACCGUUAUCCUAUGCUAGGGCCCUAUCGACCCAUAUGUAUGGAUGAAAUCACUUCCCGUGGAGGAAUAACACCAAAACCGAGGGAGUUAAAGAAACCCGACAUAUCUUUCGAGCCAUCGGGAGUUGGGGUGGUCAU